UGAGUACCUGGUCGGCCAUGAGUGCGGCAUGUGGGAAUGAGCCUUCCGUUUGAUUUCUUUGACUGUUUCAUUUUUUCUGAUCCAAUAAGUACCUGACCGCAUUAAUGCGGUACCUGGAAUGCGUCUUUCCUGUCUCUUUCCCUUUUACUCCUUUUUGUGCCCAAGAGUACCUGGCCGGACAUUCGUACGGCACGUGGGAAAGUGUCUUUUGUGCGCGCUUGUCAUUGUUUCGUCAAGUGUCGAUGAGUACCUGGCCUGUUUGGGUAAGUGGGAAGUGUACUGUUUUUCAAGAUUGAGUACCUGGUCUGUUCAGACACGUGGGAACGUAUUUCUUUUUGAAUUUAGUACCUGGCCUGCUUAGGCAUGUGGGAAUCGUACUGAUUUUUCCAAGAGUUGAGUACCUGGCCCUACUCAGGCAUGUGGG